GCACCAGUUUCUCUGCAGUCCCUGUACUAUGAUGUGUUUCAUAUCGACAACUGACUCAGGGGACUCUUCUUUCCCACAGAGCAGCUUCCCACUUCCUAUAAGAAGAAUGGAGGAAAGGAACACUAAUGGAGAUCUCCUAAGCAAGGAUCUAAGCAACUCAACCUGGGAAACCAACAGCAUAUCACUGAAUGGAAGUUACUACAAUGACACUACACCUUGUGAUGUCAAGGACCAAGCCAUGAUUUUGCUUUCCCUCAUCAUUUCUGCGGUUGGGAUGGUACUAAAUUCCAUAGUGCUGUGGUUCCUGGGCUUCCGGAUACACAGGAAUGCCUUCUCUGUCUACAUCCUCAACCUGGCUAUGGCUGACUUACUCUUCCUGUGCUUUCAGUUUGUGUUUUGCCUUCUGGCUAUCAUUUACAUCUUUUACUCCAUUUAUGUAGACAUCCCCUUGUUUUUUUAUGUUGUGCCAAAUUUUGCUUACCUUUCGGGCCUGAGCAUUCUCAGUGCCAUUAGCACUGAACGCUGCCUGUCUGUCCUGUGGCCCAUCUGGUAUCACUGUAGACGUCCUAGACACACAUCAGCUGUCACCUGUAUCUUCCUUUGGGCACUGUCCCUAAUGUUGGGUCUCCUGAAAGGAAAUGCAUGUGGCUUACUGUAUGAUAAUUUUGACUUCGACUUCUUUUGGUGUUUUAGAUUUUAUGUCAUCAAUACUGUAUGGUCAAUUGUUUUAUUUGUGGUUCUCUGUGGGUUCAGCCUCAUCCUGCUUGUCAGGAUCUUCUGUGGCUCACACAGAAUUCCUAUGACCAGGCUGUAUGUAAUCAUUGCACUCACAGUGCUGCUCUUCCUGAUCUUUGGUCUUCCCUUUGGGAUCUACUGGCUCCUCUACGAAGGGCUUCAACAUUUGUAUUAUAUUAAAAAUUGUGAUUUUUAUCAUGAUACACUAUUCCUAUCCUGCAUUAACAGCUGUGCCAACCCCAUCAUUUACUUCCUUGCUGGCUCCAUUAGGCACCGCAGGUUCCAGCAGAAAAGCCUGAAGUUAUUGCUGCAGAGAGCCAUGCAGGACACUCCAGAGGAGGAAGAAGGUGGAGAGAGGGGUACUUCAGGAAAAGUGGAAACAGUCUAGUGUACCAGCUGAGAUCUGCUUCUAUCAGAAAUGGUUUUGAGAGAGAAAUAUGUUUCUUAUUUGUGUGGGCUAUUUUCACAACAUUUUUCAGUUUGUUGCCUGGUCUUCAAUAAGUUAAAAAAACAACAAUCAUUUUUGUGAUAGUUGAGAGAUACAGAUCUUGUGUCUGGAACAUUUUUGGAGCUGUGUUACUCAGAGCUUCACAAUCUCCUUCUGAUGGCGCUCCUUAAAAGCGUCUGGGGACAAAGACUGAUACUGUUGACAAGUCCCUCUUUCAUCAGAAGGCUAAAGAAAGUGCAAGAAAGGGUUGCAUUUCUUUAGUUACUGAAAUUUAUAGUGCUUAAACAAAUGCUAUAUCUUGAAAAACAUUUCUUUCUCAAUGUUUCAAGAGUUAAAUAGAUAAACUUUAUGAUCCUAGUAGUUAAUUUCUGUAGGUCAUAAAGAAUGUGAUCGUCUUUCACAUAUAUAGGAGCUGUUUGGGAGUGAUAAGGAGGUGAGGGCUUAUUGGAAGAAAUGUGUCACUGGGAGGGCACUUUGAAGUUUCAAAAGCACACAUUAUUUCCAUCUUCCCUUUUCUCUCUCUGUGUAUGUGUGUAUUUGUCUUUCUAUCUGUCUUAUGCAUAUCAGAUGUUUGCAAUGAGCUAUUGCUACAGUACCAUGUGUCCCUGUUUGCUGGCCUCCUGCCAUGCUCUCUGCCAUGAUGAUGAUGGAUACAAACCCUCUGGAACCUGGAGCUUCCAAAUUAAUUUUUUUAGAAGUUUUCUUGAUCAGAAUAAGUAGAAAAGUAACCAGGACAUAAGAUUGUGCCAAGGACUGGGAUAUUGCUGUCGUAAGCCUGACUGUGAUGCUCUUCGAAAUUAUGUGGAAGACUUGGGGACAUUGGAAUAGGAAAAGAGUUGAUUGCUGUAAGUGGGCCUUAAGUGGAAGCUUGGAAGACAGUGAUGCUGCAAAUAUGAUAAAGAUCAUUUCAAGAGGUUUCAGAGGGGAUCAAGAUAGCAACAGGUCCCAGAGACUAUUACUGUGGAAUUUUGCAAAGAAUGUGACUGCUUUUUGGUUGCAUGCGGGUUGAUGCCCCAGGUCCCGCCUCUGAGAAAAAGGUAUCAGACCGGUCUGAUGCUCUUUGGGUGGAUGACACCUAAACGAACAUCGGUACAAAGUCCCAAUUUAUUUCUAAUAUCAGAGAUCAGACCUCUACUCUUGCCUGAUGCAUCUAAAACAAAAAGGGGGAACUGUAGAGAGAUGCGGAAUGCUAUGCCUUAAAGAUGGAGUUGGUUUCCGCCUUCCACCUUCCCGAUGGUGAGUGCUCUCUGUCACGAACAAUUCCACAUUUGGCUAAGGCUGAGGAUCUGGCUUGCUUCCAUGUAUGUGGACCUAUCUGCAUUGCCCACGUGGCACGCCUGGGUUGGCUACCCAGAGGCUAUUUAAGCUGUGGGCUGGCUUUCCCCAGGGUCUGAGGAUUGUUCAAGGUUCCUGAAUAAACUGCAUUGAAAAAAAUAAAAUAAAAUAAAAUAAAAAAGAUCAGUUAAAAAAAAAAAAAGAAUGUGCCCGAAGCAAAAUUGAAAGGUUUUGGACUAGUUUGGUUUGCAGAGCAGAUUACAUCAACAUGAGGAAGAACAAGCAGGGCAAAAAGAAUAACAAAUGUCCAAUUUGAGGACUGAAAAUGCCCCAGAAAAUUUAAUGUUGGAGCUAAGUGUUUUGCUCAAAGAGAGCAACUGUUUAAAGAGAGACCUGUUGUGAAACAGAAUAAGGGGAGUGCCACUAAAUAGGAAGACCUCACCCAGCUAAACUUCCAACUUUCAAAAGGGAAAUGCCUAAACACUCUUCUAAAACAAAGGAAAUAAAUGAAAGAAAUAAGUCAAAGCAUAAGUAAAUGUAAUUUCAGGAAGGGGUGAGGUUCCAUACAAAGCUAGGAGUAAAAAUUGGCAGCAUCAAUCAUGUGCUUCUGGCCUUCCAGUCAAGAAGAAUGCAGAAGUAAAGGGGUUGUGAGAUGUUCCUCCAAGGUUGCCAAAAGCCACUGAGCCAGCCCUGUGGCAGGGCAGUCCUUGUGUGGAGGCCCAGAGAGGCUACUGUGAAAAUCAAGCCUAGAUUAUUAUUAUUAUUAUUGUUGUUGUUGUUGUUGUUGUUAUUAUUAUUAUUAUUAUUUUUUCUGGAGACCUAAAAUGUUGGAGACACUAGAACUGUGGGAUACCUACUAAGGAAAGAUGCAAAGAGUAUGUGAAAUCAGCCCAAGAGAUAGGAGUGAAAUGUGUUACAGUUGUAAAUCUGAAAAUGCAGACCUAUCUCAGCCUUUUGACAUCAAGACAUGGAACUAUCAGAUUUGGAGUUUCUCUGGAUUUUAAUUUUGGCUUGGCCCAGUAUUUCCUCAUUCUUCUCUUUCUCCCAUUCCUCUCUUUUUGAUUGGUAAUGUAUGUUCUGUGCCUUUGUAUAUUGGAAAUAUGUACUUUGGUUUUUCAUUUGAAAAAGGGUUACAAUUACGAGAUUGUCUUGAGUCUCAGUAGAGACUUUGGAAUUUUUUUUUUAAUUACACUUUAUUCACUUUGUAUCCCCCCAUAAGGCCCUCCUUCCUCUCCUUCCAGUUCCACCCUCCUCUCCCUCUUCUUCAUACAUGCCUCUCCCCAAGUCCACUGAUAGUGGAGGUCCUCCUCUCCGUCCUUCUGAUCUUAG